AAGAGUGUAUCAUGGUCACCAUGAAAGACAACAUGAGAAAUGAAUGAAACGCCGGACACACUGCUGACGGAAUAAACGUGUCCAGACAAGAGUUCUGUGCACAUUAACAUCAAGAACACGGAUUAAAUCACAGGUAAAAUCCAGGACAUCCAAACAGUACAAGCGUCUGGAGACGCCGACAACGGAUGGUUGCUGCCAAUGGGGCUGUUUGACAAGUUGGCAGGAUGGCUGGGCUUCAAGAAAGAGGUGAAUGUGCUCUGCCUCGGCCUGGACAAUAGCGGGAAAACCACCAUCAUCAACAAACUCAAGCCAUCCAACUCCCAGGCACAAGACAUCGUCCCGACCAUUGGUUUCAGCAUAGAGAAGUUCAAGACAUCCAGUCUUUCCUUUACAGUCUUUGACAUGUCUGGCCAAGGUAGAUACAGAAACCUUUGGGAGCACUACUACAAGGAGGGCCAGGCUGUCAUAUUUGUCAUUGACAGUGCAGAUAAGCUGAGGAUGGUCGUGGCCAAAGAAGAAUUGGACACAUUAUUAAAUCAUCCUGACAUCAAGCACAGGCGAAUUCCCAUCCUGUUCUUGGCUAACAAGAUGGAUGUCCGAGACGCUUUGUCUUCAGUGAAAGUCUCCCAGCUGCUCUGCUUGGAAAAUAUCAAAGACAAACCUUGGCACAUCUGUGCCACUGAUGCUCUAAAAGGAGAAGGUUUACAGGAGGGAGUAGAAUGGUUACAAGAUCAAAUCAAGUCAAUGAGAACAUGAGGGCGUGAAGACUGACGACUGACUGACUGUGUAAGUCUUUGACAGAAGAAGGUACCAAAAACAUUUCGUAGAUGUCGUGUGGUUUACUUGAAAUCUGAAUGCAGUUUUGAUUCUCAAAUACCAGUGAGAACAGAACAAUGCAAACACCAAUUGUGCUAAGUCAGCAAGAUUCAUGACCUGUUCAUCAUUUUGAUCAAUUAUAUUCCUUUAAUUCUUACUUUCUUACUUCUUUUACUGUCAUUUGCUUCUAUUUCAAUUAUUAUUAUUAAUAUUAAAUCAAUUAUUCGCUUCUGUGUGUAAUUGCGUUGUGUAAUCUAACAAAAAAAUCACUGAAACCACCAAAAGAGAUCAUCUACCUAAAACAAUAUGACACAAAUGUAAUAAGAACGCACCAGCAAUGUAACAAGUUGUGCCAAUAUAAUUAGGUUAUUUCAGUGGCUUUCAUGUGGUCAUUUCUUUUUCAGAGAAACGUAGAACUGCUGUGACCUAGUUAAGAAACCAAUCACAUGCAGUGUGUACGUUCAAAGAUGAUUAUAUUAUAGUUUUAAUAUUGUAUUUACUACAUUCCAGUGUGGUUACUGAAAAAAUGAACACUAUUUGCCAUCAUUUAGUUUUGCACAUUAUGUAAAUGCAACAAGGCUGAUAUAUAUAUAUUUCACUGAAUGUUAACCCAGUUGCAAGGCAUCAUAGCUAUAUUUGAUAGAUUUUUUUUUCUAUUGCCGCUAAUACUUGUGCAGCUCUGCUCUUUUAAUGUUUUUUGUUUUUCCUUCGUAUUUGAAAAGUUUCACCAUGUUUGACAUUUAGAAUCUGUCUGAAUGUAUUCUCCCUCCCCCCAUUUCCACCAGAUUUUAUUGUAUGUAAUUUAACGUGACAGAAUUUGUUCAGUUAGAUUGUUAAAUAUGUUUAAAUGUUUUUUUUUCUAAAUAACUACAGCUUUAUGUUUUUGCCUUAUUUUAUGGCUCAACUGAAAGCUUCUCUUAACAAUCAGCAAGGCUACUUCACUGAUUAAAUGUGGAUCUUUGUAGUUGUAGAUGUGUUAUUUUGUUUUUGGCUGUGGGUAUAUAAACCCUGAAUGUUGUUAUCAGUUAAACAAGUUUGAUGUUCUGUGUUUAGUUUAAUCAACUCCGCUUUCACUUAACAGACACACAAUGUUUGUUGUUAGGUUUUUUUUUUAGCAAUAAUUUAGUUUAAAGAAAAAAACAUGUUUGCUGCUGUGUUAAAACACUAUACAUCAUCAGUAGUUUUAUUAAAAUAUAUGGUUAUGUGUCGCUUUCAGCUCAUUUUCAGCGUAUGACUGAGGGCAACACAAAGUCUUAUACAUGUGGUCCUCGCUUUACGUUCCUAGACUGUGAUGAAAGUAAGUUGGAUCUUAGUCUUUUAUCCUCAUUCCGCUGUUAAUUGUUAUGUUAUUGCUAUUUAUUGAUUGACGAUUAUGUGGUGCAGAGAGGCCUCAUUACAUGACAAUUUCGUUGUAACUGUUGUGCAAUGACAAUAAAGGCUAUUCUAUUAUAUAGCUAAAUGAACUACCAAGUCACUCGCACUGUACACAGAACACACGAAGGACGUCAAAUACGGUAAUAAAACACUAAAUACAAUAAUUAAAUGAAACAGUAAUCAGAUGUAAUCAAAAUAAAAGCCAAACCACGAGCAAACUUUCCAUCACAAUAAUAAGACCACUACACUGAAUAUUUAUUACUGUGGCUUUCAUACGAGCAGAUCCUUUAACAUGCUUAAUAUCACCUGGGCCCGGCUGUUCAAAAUUCGGUUAUUUUAACCACUGGUUAACCCCUAAGCACCGGUUAAAUUUUUAACCCGCCGUUAGCUAACCGACCGUUAAAUAAUGCGUUGUUCAAACAUGGUUAGUCCCGUCGUUAGUUGACGUCACUGGUCAGAGCCAAUAUAUCCCACAAUACCGCAUUUUGGUGACUUCCGGUUUAGUGAAAAAAAUUGAACGAUUUAACAAAUUAAAAAAGGAUUUAAAGAAAAAUAUUCAGUUCAAUAUAUUAUUCAUUAAAGUAAACAAUAUUUAACAUAGUUUACAGCUUUACAGCUGGCGAACCUCAGGCCGGAUACCGGAACUACUUAACCAGCCUUCAAAGUAAGAGCCCAGACGCGCUCAACUUAAAAAUGUUCAAAUUGUAUUCUGUAACAAAUGAAGCUAAACGUUUUACAAAUUAAAACAAGCAAGCAAAUUAUGAACAGGCUGUUUAUGUAGAAGCUGUUGGUUUGGAAAAAUACUGAAAGUCGGCUCGCCUUCAAAGUAAGAGUCUUAGGGUUCAACCUAAUAUUGGUGCCAAGAUGAUAUUACGUAUAAUAGCUAUUCAUGAAUAAACGACACAUAAGCAAUAUUUAUCAAAUGUAUGUUUUAUUUGUUUGUUUAUUAUUAUUUUUUAUUAUUAUUUAUUUGUUACACAAGUGUACAGAACACAAUACAUUGCAAAGGCAAAACUAUGUACAACAUCAGACACACUAUACUUACAAUUCCUUUGGAAAGCUUUAAAAAUAAUGGAACUAUCGCCUCAAAUUGCAAGUUCAUAAAAAUACAAUCUUGUGACGCAGAUAAAGCCUCAAAUAGUACAAUUAUUUCAUCAAAAUCAUUGUUCUUAAACAUGACUAAUAUAGAGUUUGCAAGCUUAACACAGUUUAAUAAAAUAGUUUCCUUUAAAAUCUAGGCAGUUAAAAGCAUGUUUUUCUGUCUUGCAAAUAUAAAUAAUUUGUCAUGUGCUGAAAAGCUGCAAUGUACAGUAAAGUAAAGACAUGAGCAAUGCACGUAAGGAGACAUGACAGUAUGGCAUCAUGAAGGCAGCGUUAGCCGCCAACUCCAUCUUGAGAGUUAACCACCUGUUAAAAAGUUAGCGGUGGUCCUUAGGUGUGUUCACUUUAACGUAAAGUUAACAGCCGAUUAAAGUUAACCGAGUUUUGGACAACAAGAUAAGUGUCGUUGACUUUAACAGUCAGUUAAGUCUACUUAACCAGUGGUUAAAUAAAUACCCGAGUUUUGAACAACCGGGCCCAGUUAUGUGUAGUGUUAAAAGGUUUUGUGAUUUCCGACUGUGUCCUGACUGUAUGCGGGAGGAGGAAGGCUCCAUGCAUGAGGACAGUUGAGUUUGCUGACAUUUUCUUUUGGCGUGGUUAAGUAGCCUGUUUUGUUCUUGCAUUAAGAGAUUGUUGAUUGACCACGCCUCCUUGUCAUCCUUCCAACCUACUGUAUUCUUCCGCUGUAACUAGCUCUCAAGCAAGUGUCGUGUCUUUGAACCGAAAUUAAGUUUUUAAUCAAUUCAUGGGAAACUCUGAACGCCGCAAACCGAGGACCACCUUGUAGCACCUCAUUGAAGGGAUAGUUCAGUUUUUUUUACAUGAAGUUGUAUGACAUCUCCAUCAGCAUUGUAGUCCAAUAACAGAGACUUACCCCGCACUUGGUCUCCUAAGUCCAGCUCUGGUCAGAUUUCUGUGAUGAAGUCCACUUAGUUGCUGGGGACAAUUAAGUAAAGAGUUUGGCUUCUCAAAACUAUAUGCGUUCAAAAGAUUAAAACAUUUGCAUCACAAAAAUGACUUCUCAAAAAACUCAAACCUCACAAAACGCUCUGCGUUAUUUCUGUCUCCCGCCGUAUCCCUGCGCACUGUCGCCUGUGCGUUCAUGUGAAUGUGACGAAGACACUGGCAUCUUCUUCCCCUGAUUUAGGAGACCAAGUGGGGGGUAAUUUGCUGUUAUUGGACUACAAUGCUGAUGGGGAUGUCAUACAACUUCAUGUCAAAAAUCCGAACUAUCCCUUUUAAGUAAUAAUGGUGCAUUAUGUAACAAUGUAAUCAAUUUUCAGCUCAUUAUAGAACAAUGGCACAUUUGUAAAAAAUCUGUCAUAUUUUUCAACUACAUUUUUAAACAACUUGAAAUAAACUUUGCCGUAUCAUGUAAUAAAAUAAGUGUGGCAUCCACAUUUUGUUAGGAGCUUUGCAUUAUGUGGCAGGUUAUUACAAAAUGCGUUCAAUAUUUUUUUUUACAAAAUAUGGCAGAUUAUUACAAAAUGCAGUGUUAUUACAUAAUGAGAUGAAAAUGUAUAGGAUUUUACAUAACACACAAUUAUUACAUAAGGUGGCGCGACACACCUGUACAUGAUACACGUAGUAGCUUACACGACAGCAAACUGGUUGUAAAAUAGCUUUUAUUUGUUAAUGAGAUUACAAUAACCAUCUAAGCACAAUGUUAGGUGACUAUUAGAACAUCAGAUGAGCUGUGUGUGUUUUGUUCAUGUCAGUGUAAGCAUUUUCAAAGAAUAAAUGCAUUUUUAUUUUGGAAGUUAUUACACUGUCAUCUCUUCCUGUGUCAUGUUAAUUUGAUAAAUGUGUGCAUGUCUUGUCUCUGGCUCUCGCUCACUCUCCAAUCCAACAUCUUCAGCCCUGCCAGCAACAGCUGCUCAUUAAAUGUCCGGCCACUCUGUCCUUCCUGACCUCUUUA